AAAAAACAUGGUUGAAGUAGAUCAAUCAAGGGCUUUCAGCAGCCAGUUUCCUUAUCAAUAAUUGCAUAGAAAAGAAAGACAAACAACAACUUUGGAAAAAAAAAAAAAAAAAAAUGGAAGAACACAGGUUGACCAAGUGGAACUUUGAAGGAAAUAAUGGAUAUGACAAAAUCAACAAGGCUUCCAAAAUCAACAUCAGAACAGUUCUUCAGAUGCUAAUGGAUAAUCUCAACCAACAUGAAAACAGACCAGUAGUUCCUCUUGGCCAUGGCGAUCCCUCUGUCUUUGCCUCCUUUCGAACUUGUUCUGUUGCAGAAGAUGCCAUUGUUGAUGCUGUACGCUCCGCCAAGUACAACUGCUAUGCUUCACACGUUGGAAUUCUUCCAGCUAGGAGGGCUGUUGCAGAGUACCUCUCUAGUGAUCUCCCAUACACUUUAUCAGAGGAUGAUGUAUACCUUACAAUUGGAUGUGCACAAGCGAUUCAUGUCAUUUUGACAGUACUUGCUAACCGUCCCAGUGCCAACAUUCUGCUUCCCCGGCCAGGCUUCCCAUUGUAUGAAAGUUACGCCGCGUCUUGCAAUCUUGAAUACCGGCAUUAUGAUUUGCUCCCUGAUCGAGGAUGGGAGGUUGAUCUCGAAGCUGUUGAAGCUCUAUCUGAUGAGAAUACUGUUGCUAUAGUCAUCAUAAAUCCUGGCAAUCCUUGUGGAAGUGUCUUCACGAGUCAGCAUUUGGAAAAGAUUGCGGAGACAGCAAGAAAGCUUCGAAUUCUUGUAAUCGCUGAUGAAGUUUAUGACCAUCUGACUUUUGGAAGUACUCCAUUUGUGCCCAUGGGAGUUUUUGGAUCCAUUGUGCCUGUUGUUACACUUGGUGCUAUAUCAAAGAGAUGGCUUGUACCUGGUUGGAGGCUCGGUUGGCUUGUGACAACCGAUCCCAAUGGAAUUCUUAAAAUAUCUGGGUUAGUCAAGAACAUUGUGGAAUACCUCAACAUUACAGUUGAUCCUCCAACCUUCAUUCAGGGGGCACUUCCUCAAAUCAUUAACAAAACAAAGGAUGAUUUCUUUUCGAAAACUAUUAACACAUUGAGAGAGGCUGCAGAUACAUGUUACAAUAAAAUAAGAGAAAUCCCUUGCAUUACUUGCCCAAAUAAACCAGAGGGCUCCAUGUUUGUAAUGGUGAGGCUAAAUGUCUCUUUGUUAGAUGGCAUUGGUGAUGAUGUGGACUUUUGCCUCAAGCUUGUUAAAGAGGAAUCUGUUAUAGUUCUACCAGGGAUUGCCGUGGGAAUGAAGAAUUGGCUGCGCCUUACUUUUGCAAUUGAGCCUUCACUUCUUGAAGAUGGACUUGGGAGGAUAAAAGCCUUCUGCCUGAGGCAUGCCAAGAAGCAAUAAAAUAUGGUGGAAGAUUCAUAAGUUGGAGUAAAGUGGUUAUUAUAAGCAACUUUGUGUUGGAUCUCAAGCUCCAUUAAGGUGCUCGUUGACUUGAUUGUCAAGAGUUCCUGUUUAUAGCUCUAGUUGAUUAAUAAAAUCCCCCUCUAUGAAAGAAUGAUUAAGGGUGUUAAGAGAUCAACUACGUUUUUGAUCUCGUUAUACUUUUAUUGUAGCCAGAGACAACCAACUUUGUGUUGGAUCUCACGGUAUUUUACAUGUAGUUGAAGGUCAGCACAACUUUGCCUUAGAUAUUGUUUCAAGUAUUGAUGAAUUGUGACUCUCAUUGAACUCUUAAUCUUUAAAGGG